AGUCAGAUUGUCUCGAGGAAAAGGGUGGAUAUCGGAAUCGAAUGUCCUGUGGUGGUAUUUCUCAGGUUGAUUGAAUACAUUGAAGAAAAAAAGCUUGAUGUGAUGGCAGACAAGUUUGACUAUGUGAGAGGGGCAGCGUUUGUGGUGGCCUUCUUUGUGCUCGGAGUUUGGAGUCUGCCCUCCUGGCUAAUUGCAGAUACAGUGUUUACUGCAUUUUCUGGCGUUGGACUUUACUUCAGACCGGAACUCACUAUUCAGCUACAGACUCAUGACUUGAAGCUUGAUAUCCUCCACUGUCACCUCAACCGAGUGUUUGGGUCAUUUCUGAUUGGUUCGGCUGUAGUAUGGUACUUCUGUCGGUUGUCCAAAGACAGCACUGUCGUGGCAGCCCUGUUAUGGUCCAGAGUUAUGGGAAUAUUCUGCCUUCUUUCCAUAAUUAUUUCUGGGCAUUUUGCAAAUAGGAAACUUUUUACAGACAAGCAUCUAUGGUUUGGUGUGCUUGGUAACUCAUUGUGGUGGCUUGCCAAUGCUGUACAGUUGCUGAAGUCUCGACCCAAAGUCCGUGAGGGACCCAAUGUACAAUCAAGGGGAAUAACUCUAGUGUGUAACCUCAACCUGUUGAUGCUGACACUUGUGUCACUGGCUUUAAUGGCAUUCCCACUCAUGACAACAGGUGUUAAGGGAAGAAAGCUAGACAAGUACCACCUACACACGGCCAAAGCUGUCGGAGCUCUGGUCAUGACCUUUAGCAUUCUCAUGUGGUUUGUGCCAAGGUUUGUCCACAAACGAGAUGUUAGGGCAGUCUUCAGUGGGCAGCUCUUGACUGUUGUUCUGGUCUAUGUAGCUAAAGGCUAUAUGCAGUACACAUCUAAAAUCCUGGGGAGUGACGAGAUCCUUGGUUGGACAUUGAUGUACCUUCCUCUGCUCCUUCUUCCAAUGAACGGCCUGCUCCUGACCUACAGGGUAGACACAAAAACUGCCCCAGUGACAGGUGCUGAGACCUCAGAUUCAAAUAGUCAAAUGGACAAGGAAACAGUACAGAGUGAGGCCAAGAAAGAGUCAUAACUGAUACAACUACAUAUCACACAAGUUGGCUAUGACAGAGUGUAACUGUGGUAUAGUUAUUGGUAAUAUACAUAUUUAUUGGCUCACCUAAAAGAUAUUAACUGUUCAUUAUUUUUAUUUCCUUAUUUUUGUAUAUUAGAAUAUUUUUUUCCCACAAAAAUGUAGUUUUUCAUUGGAAAUAUUGUACAUCAGUAAGCCUUACUACACGUAUGUAGUUAUAGUUGUAUGAAUUUGUUGCUUUGUAACAUUAAUAAAGUCAGUCAUUAUGUAGAUUUUAUAGGAUAAGAGAAAUUUCACAUGUAAAUAUAGAGUCAGAACCAAGGCUUUGCUGAGAUUCUGCAUCCAAAAUCUACAUUCAUGGGUAACAUUGCCUUAUCCUGCAUACCUACAUAGUGAUCAAUACUUUUUCUUGCACCAUUUACCUGUGAAUUUAGUAAAAACUCACAAUGACAUCACGAAGGUAACAAUAAUGUAGUAUAGUUUCAAGAUACCAUACAAGGUAUACAUAACCAGGAACCUAUUUGGAGUGAAGUGGAAAACAUAGUAUACCAGAGGUAUACUUUAAAAAUAAAGGGGUUUGGAAAAGCUUCAUGGCAAGUUCAUUUUACAAUUGUUAUUUGUGUGAGGUGAUGUGAAAUGCCCGAAGUGUUUUGGUAGUAAACACAUCAAUAUUCUUAAAGUCAAUGUAAUGACAUUACACAACACUUCAAAAAGUCAAUAUAAUGACAUCACACAACACUUCAAAAAGUCAAUGUAAUGACAUCACACAACAC